AUGGCCUUCCACACGCAAACCCUAAUCCCGCUGAUGGGCCCAUACCCGCAAAUCUUCAAGGGCACCAUAACCCGCAGCGGCCUGCCCCUCGAAUUCAGCACAAACUACACACAGCAUAGCAGCGGCGAUCCAGUAUGGAGAAUUGGCUUUGAGCCCGUCGGUGCGCACUCCGGGACGGAGCGGGAUCUGUAUAAUCAAGUCGCCAUGAGCGAGUUGUUCACCCGUUUAAAGGAGUUGGGUUUGGCGGGGUACAAUACAACCCUCUUCGAGCACUUCAUUGCAAGACACACGUGCAAGGCCAUGGGCACUGACUUUGGGCGGCUAUUCAACGAGUCUAUUGAGCCGUUGCGCGAUAGUAUGGGCGAUCUUUCAGCCUUCAAUGUUAUCGACGAGUACAUGGAGCAGACGGAUGGGUAUAGCAACUUCGCGUUCCUCAGUUGGGACUGUGUUGCGCCUGCCAACUCGACGAAUAUCGUAACGUGGUCGAAGAUGGAGGAGAUUUGGACCCUGGGAGGCCGCUUAUCUGGCGAGACGACCAUGAGGGGACUAGGGUAUUUGAAGCGCCUGUGGCAACUUACGCAGAUUCGGGAUGGAUGCCGCGCCUUUACGGGCCGUUUCGAUAAUGGCACUGAUUCGACGCCUACGCCUCUUGUCUGGAACUAUGAGAUGAGGCCUGGGAGUCCUGAGCCUCUUUCUAAGGUCUACUUCCCAAUCCAUGGUGGGAGUGAUCUUACCAUUGUAAGGGGGCUGGCGACGUUUUUUGAGGAGAUUGGGCUUGUCGAACAGGGGAGGAGCUAUGAGCAAAACCCAGAGCGAGACUUGAGCAAAACAGCUUGUUUGACCUCUUGGAUCUCUUUUGCGUAUACCGAGAAGACUGGUGUGUACCUGAGCGUCUACUAUCACUCGUCUUCUGACUACCCAUGGACCGAUAAGGAGGAGUAG